AUGGUACCAAAGUUUUACGGUCCCAAACAAUUAUUCAAACAAAAGCCAAUUCGUGCAGAAUUUAGUUACGAAAUAAAAAAUGAAAAUUUUUGUUCAUCCGUUUCAAAACCAAGUAACUAUGAUUCACUAAAUGCUAUUCGUCGUACAUGGGGUAAUUUUGCUCGUAUAACAUCUCUCAAUAAAUUUUCUCAUCUUUAUCUUAAACUUCUUUUUCUUAUCGAUAUUGAUGAAACUUGUUUAAUAAGUAUUAGUCUUGAACAAACAUUAUUUUAA